AUGGCCGCCGAGAGAGUGGAGACGGUCGUCGCCGGGAACUACGUCGAGAUGGAGGUGGAGGGGAGCUCAAAGGGCGCGAAAGGGAAGCUGUCGAAGCUCCUCUGGCACGGGGGCUCCGUAUACGACGCCUGGUUUAGCUGCGCUUCCAAUCAGGUGAAUUCCAUCGAGGCCUGUCUCUUCUCCCUCCUCCGCGUGCUCGAAGGAAUCCCCGACUCGACAGCCGUUUCGCUCCUGCAGGUGGCGCAGGUGCUGCUCACCCUGCCCUACUCUUUCUCUCAGCUGGGGAUGACCUCCGGCAUCGUCUUCCAGCUCUUCUACGGGUUGAUGGGAAGCUGGACGGCCUACCUCAUCAGCGUCCUCUACGUGGAGUACCGGACCAGGAAGGAGAGAGAGAAAGUGGACUUCAGAAACCACGUCAUCCAGGUACUCAGCCCACCAGGAAGUGGCCGACUCUGAGAGAGAGAGCUUCCUAACUUACUUUCUCUCUCUUCUUCUUCAGUGGUUUGAAGUCCUCGACGGUCUCCUCGGAAGGCCAUGGAGGAACGCCGGCCUCUUCUUCAACUGCACCUUCCUUCUCUUCGGAUCCGUGAUUCAGCUCAUCGCAUGCGCAAGGUGAUCCGCGUGGAGAGGGAGAGGGUGGGGAGGUGAGGGGUGGGUGGGGGAGGGGAGAGAGGGAGAGAGAGUUCUCCUCUCUGACGCGUUUCGCACGCGCAGCAACAUCUACUACAUUAACGACAACUUCGACAAGAGGACGUGGACCUACAUCUUCGGGGCCUGCUGCGCCACAACGGUCUUCAUCCCCUCCUUCCACAACUACAGGGUUUGGUCGUUCCUGGGACUCCUCAUGACAACCUACACAGCGUGGUACAUGACUAUUGCCUCCCUCAUCCACGGCCAGGUACAUUUCUCUCUAGCUCCGGCUACUUCCGCGGAGACCAUAGAGAUUGUUAGACCUAAAGCAGCUCCACUCUGGACCAGGCGGAGGGAAUCAAGCACUCCGGCCCGACCAAGAUGGUCUUAUACUUCACUGGAGCCACCAAUAUUCUCUACACCUUCGGGGGCCAUGCCGUCACAGUGUGAGCUCACGAGCCUCUCUCUCUCUCCUCAGCUUGGUGGGCUGUUUCUCCCUCUUCUUUAACCGGGUGUCCCGCAGAGAGAUCAUGCAUGCGAUGUGGAAGCCUCAGAAGUUCAAGGUGAUAUACCUAAUGGCGACUCUGUAUGUGCUGACCCUGACCCUGCCGUCGGCCAUCUCCGUCUACUGGGCCUUUGGCGACGCGCUGUUGAACCACUCUAACGCCUUCUCGCUGCUGCCGCGGUCCCGCUUCAGAGACGCCGCCGUCGUCCUCAUGCUCAUCCACCAGGUCAGGCCCUGCUACAAUAGACUACCCCUCCUCCGGCGGACUGGAACCAGUGGAGAGUGGUCGUCGGUCCUUCGCCGGAAACCUAACCACGAGGCGGUCGGUCUCGCUCGCAGUUCAUCACCUUCGGGUUCGCCUGCACUCCGCUCUACUUUGUGUGGGAGAAGGCGAUCGGCCUCCACGAGACGAAGAGCGCGUUCAAGAGGGCUCUGGCCAGGCUGCCGGUGGUGAUCCCCAUAUGGUUCCUCGCCAUCAUCUUCCCCUUCUUCGGCCCCAUCAACUCCACCGUCGGGUCCCUCCUCGUCAGCUUCACCGUCUACAUCAUCCCGGCCCUAGCCCACAUGGUUGUCUUCUCCCCGGCUUCUGCAAGAGAGGUAAACCAAACCAGACCCAUCCCAUCGCUCAGGACGGCAUUCCCUCAUCUGAGCUUUUCAACCUCGACGGUGCAGAACGCGGUGGAGGCGCCGCCGCGGUUCAUGGGCGGCUGGGCGGGCACGUACUGUCUUAACUGUUUCGUCGUAGGCUGGGUCUUCGUGGUGGGGUUCGGCUUCGGCGGGUGGGCCAGCAUGGUCAACUUCAUCCGCCAGGUCGACACCUUCGGCCUCUUCACCAAGUGCUACCAGUGCCCUCCCCGGAAGUAA